AUGGCUCUACGUUUUCCUUUUCAUUAUCCAACAAGUCGCACCGUUACCAUUUCAAAUCUAACUCCAUCACUCUUUGAUCAACUUCAUCGUGAAUAUGGUGAAACACUCUCAUGUCCAUGUUCAACUAUUACCAUACCUUACAGCACUUUCGUUACAAAUAUGGUCUCAUUUCAUCCUGUAUGUUCGAGUAUUUUUGUUAGCAGAGAAUGGAUUGAAGGAUUUUAUCUACCAGCAGCCAAUGCAUAUUUAUUGGACGAUUUUCGAGUAACGGCAUUUUCUCAGUUCGAAUUGCUAGCUGCUCUUUGUUCAAUUUCGAACGACACAGUUUCAAAAGCACUAUUAGAUAUUCAAAAUAAUCAACUUGUUACAGUUGAGCUUCUUGAAGAAGAAGAUAUUCAAUCGCAAGUAGAAGCCAUGGUUAAACUUGCUCAAACAACCGCAUAUGUUCAAGUUACUUCAUUUUUACAACUUGUCCAAAUGAUGUAUCGUUCCAAUACUCUCGUGUCUGCUUUUGGAACGAAUGCAGUUGUUCAAAUAGGCUCUGGUAGAGUAUUAAUCUAUUCUACGAAUUACGUGUACCCAUACAUUGUUGUUAUUGACUCAUUGUACGCUUUAAGUUGCGCCGAAAAGAACAUGAAAACUCCAGCUGUUUUCUAUGCUCAACCAUUAGAUACGAGCGUAGGUGAUCAUAUAUAUUGGCCUAAUUACCAUGGUGCCUAUAGUAAUUCAAUUAUUUCUGCAAGCGUCGACGGAUUCUUCGGAGGAUGUUUUCCUCUGGAUUCUGUUCUUAACAGUACACUUGAUUGUUUGUACAACUUUCAAUGUCUAGAAAUUUUAUUCGAUUAUUUUCCAGCUCUUAAUCAAGUACAGUAUAUUUAA